AUGCAUGAUCUUGCCUUCCUAAUUGAGAUAUCGAACAGAAUCAACAAAUCUCGUUCUCAUGCCGAGAAGACUAGACAAAAGGAUUCUCUUCUUUCCUUGGUUCUUCAAAACGCUAUCAUCAUGCCUUCUUGUUCCUUCUAUAAGAGUCAUAGUAUUCAGUCUUGUCAAGUCUCCAUCAAGGAUUCCUCUCGCUGCGCUGAAUGUAUUCGCUUAGGUCGCUCUCGGUGCGAUAUUCAAGGGCUGAGCGCAGCGGAAAUUCGUUGGAUAGGCAUUCAAUACCAACGCCUGGAGAACCAACUCGAGAGUGCUAAGGAGCAGCUGCGCAAUGCUGCUGCAGAGAUAGGAUGUUUGCAGAAGCAGAAGCGUUUGUGGUUUGAGAGGAUGAUAAAAGCUAUUUGUUGA